CACACUGUGUCCCACAGCUGCAGCAGAGAUGGCAGCACCCAGCAGGAUCCUGAUUAAAGGGGGGAAGGUGGUCAACGAGGACUGCUCGGUCGUCAGCGAUGUUUACAUUGAAAACGGGAGAAUAGCAGAAGUCGGAGUGAAUCUUCAGAUCCCUGAGGGGGUGCGGGUUCURGAUGCCACAGACAAGCUGGUGAUCCCAGGUGGAAUAGACACACACACACACAUGGAGCUGGCGUUCAUGGGCACAAAGGCUGUGGAUGAUUUUCAUGUUGGGACCAAGGCUGCUCUCGCAGGAGGGACCACAAUGAUCCUGGACUUUGUAAUCCCUCAAAAAGGCAAGUCCCUACUUGAGGCCUACGACUGCUGGCGUAAAACCGCCGAUCCCAAAGUUUGCUGCGACUACUCCCUGCAUGUUGCUGUCACUUGGUGGGGAGAGCAGGUCCAGAAAGAGAUGGAGAUCCUGGCCAAAGAAAAGGGAGUAAACUCCUUCAAGAUGUUCAUGGCCUAUAAAGACGUGUUCAUGCUUCAGGACUCCGAGUUAUAUGCUGCCUUUACUCGGUGUAAGCAGGUUGGAGCUGUAGCUCAGGUUCAUGCUGAGAACGGAGACUUGAUUGCAGAGGGGGCUAAGAAGAUGCUGUCCAUGGGUAUCACAGGGCCUGAGGGUCAUGAACUGUGUCGGCCAGAGGAAGUGGAGGCUGAGGCGACCCAACGAGCCAUCACUAUUGCCCACGCUGUCAACUGCCCGCUUUACGUGGUCCAUGUCAUGAGUAAAUCUGCUGCCAACAUGGUGUCCAGCGCACGCAGGGAUGGCCGUGUGGUGUUUGGGGAGCCAAUUGCAGCUGGACUGGGAACUGAUGGUACCCACUACUGGAACAAAGACUGGGCCCACGCUGCAGGCUUUGUUAUGGGUCCUCCUCUCAGACCUGACCCCAGCACUCCUGGGUACCUCAUGGACCUGCUGGCCAAUGAUGAUCUGAGUGUGACGGGAACAGACAACUGCACCUUCUCGGUUUGCCAGAAGGCUCUGGGUAAAGAUGAUUUUACUAAGAUCCCUAACGGGGUGAACGGUGUGGAGGACAGGAUGUCUGUUAUCUGGGAGAAAGGAGUGCACAGCGGCAAAAUGGAUGAAAAUCGAUUUGUGGCCGUCACGAGCAGCAACGCAGCAAAAAUCUUCAACUUCUACCCYCAGAAGGGCCGAAUCGCCAAAAACUCAGAUGCAGAUGUGGUUAUAUGGGACCCCAAGCUGACAAGGAGGAUCUCAGCAAAGACCCACCACCAAGCCGUGGACUACAACAUCUUUGAGGGCAUGGAGUGCCAUGGAGUCCCUGUUGUCACCAUCUCCAGGGGUGAAGUGGUUUAUGAAGCUGGGCGGCUGCAUGUGUCAGCAGGACAUGGCAGAUUUAUCCACAGACAACCAUUUUCAGAGUUUGUUUAUYAAAGGAUCAAGCAAAGAGACCAAGUGGGCAGACCUACAGCUGUGAUCAGAAAGCCUUAUGAAGGCAAAGUCAUUCCCGUGUGAAGAACCAAGCGAGAACAUGAAAGCCUGUAAAUGUCCAGCGGUGUGUGUGUUUGUGCUGUGCAGCACAGAGACAAGCCAAAGGAUAAACAUCUACCUUUUCACACAGACGGGCUUCAUGUGAGCAGCUUCCACACUGUAAACAUGUGACAUGUUCYGACUCUCGGACAAUAAUUCAUUGUACAGUUUAUUGGUGGGAACCUUUAGAUCAACUGUUCAACACUCAGGUCACUGUUCUGCUGGAAGUUGUCUUUUUCAGCUGCAUCAGAUACUGUAUUUUGGUCAGAUCUGCUCAGUUCACAGGUCAGUAAAACCCAAUCAGCUGCUGAAAAUCAGGUUUUCUCUGACAUAAAUCUUAUAUAAUCGGCUAUGUGUUUUAAGAUUUAAAAUUAACCUUGUGCUUGAUUUUAUACAGAAAAGACUGCUUUAUGCAUCUGUUCUGUGUUAAUUGUGCAAUAAAAUAAGAAACACACCACAUCACAGCUUA